GUAUCGGAAAAGUAUUUGUAUUUGUAUCUGAAUAUAUUGGCGCCUUCAAGCCUACUGUUAUACUUGCUAAAGGAAGAGCGAACCACGAGGAGCACAGAUGUAAGUGUACCAUUGGAAGGAAGAAGAGGAACGCAUCUGAAAUGGAAGUGAGACGCAUGGUGUGACACGGCUCUAAUCCGAAGCAAACUGAGUUCCGAGGAUAUAUAGGUCCGGUCCUGCCUCUUAUCCUUGGAAAAUUCUCCAAUGGAUUCUUUCUUCCGCAAUGGUCUUCUAUAUUCGGUCUCUUUAUCCAUAUGGUUUAGGGACACGUCAGAUUUUGUCGCCAGCAGAGACCGUCAUCGUCUCCGUUCACAGGUCUCGAAGGACCAAUCUCUCCCAGGAAUCGGACGCGAGCUAAGGAGCCGACAGUGGUGAGAUGUCGUUGGUGCAUGUCUCCAUGAAAAAGUGUACCGCCCCAAGAAAUAAACACGCGUCUUGCCGCGUGCCACGUACCCAUUGCUGCAACGGUCCUCCGUCCUCAUCAUCUCGACCCACCGCCCACCGUCGACUCCAUUAUAAUAACUAAUCGAAGGAACGCCCUUCUCCAGUUCUCCGUCUCGAGCUCCAGUCGAGGCCUCGUUUGCCGCCAUGGAUGCUGUUCACCGUUUAACGAUCUUCUCCUCCUACCCUUCUCUCCCAUUUAACCACAAACCCGAUUCAUCCUUUCAUCCUCCAGUCACUACGUCGAACGCCCCUCCUUCGUUCGUGGCCGCGCGGCCGCCGCGGCCGCUGACGCACCGGAUCAGCACGGCGUGGACGCGGAGCGGGAAGCCGGAUUCCAGAGCGAGCGAAAAUCGGAUCCAAGAAGAGGAUCCGGGACCCUCGAAGGAGGGAGAGGACGCUGCCCGCGGCGGGAAAGAGGAGCAGGAGGAGGAAGAGUUGGAGGGAUUGGAGGAGGAGGCGAUGGCGGGGAGGGACGAGGGGCGGGCGCCCACCGACUACGACCGGCGGGCCCACAUCUUCUCCGAGAGCUCUCGGAUCUUCCGGGCGCUCAAGGACCGCAACGGCCGGCCCACCACCGCCGAUAGCAAGAAUCACCGUACCGAAUAAGAUUCUGAUGGCCCGGACCCGCCUCCCCGACGGCGAGGAGGGGCGAGGCAGAGAGGCGGAAGGCGGUGGAUGGGUCUGGCCGUCUGGGCCGUCGGGCCCAACAGAUAAAUGUAGCUUUUGAUAUUUAAAAUAAUUCUGUACAUUAUAGAGAAGGAUGUUGUUUCUCGAAGUAACACAAUUGCAGUUUGUGAUCCC